ACAAAGACGGAGUAAUGAAACGUCUUCGCUUCAGCCCAGAGGGAAAACCGGCGAUUGCCCUCUACGACUUCGUUAACCUCGGAGAAGAUGGUUGGAGAAAGAUCGGUUCAUGGAGCGAAAAGGACCUGCAGUUCCCGCUCAACUCAACCGUGGCGUUCAUGAGCGGAGCCGAGACUGUUCAAGAUUUCGUCACUGACCUGCGCAACCGUAGUCUGAAAGUGGUGACAAUUCUUGAGCCUCCCUUUGUGAUGGAGAAAGACAUGGACGAGCACGGAGUCAAGCUGGUCGGGAACGACAGAUUCUACGGAUUUUGUGUUGACUUGUUGAAGCGGCUAGGCGACGAUCUAGGCUUCCGCUACGAGAUAUAUGUGGUCGAGGAUAACACCUUUGGCAUGAAGGAUCCUAUUACCGGCAGAGCCAAUGGCGUCAUCAGAGACCUGAUAGAAAAGAAAGCUGAUCUCGCCGCAGCCUCCCUCACCAUCAGCUUCCAGCGGGAGAAGGACAUCGACUUCACCAAGCCGUACCUUGACCUUGGUCUGACCUUCAUCAUGAGCAGGGAGAAACGGGACGACGAUCUCUUCAAGUUCCUGGAACCGUUCGAGAUCCGGCUGUGGAUCUACAUCGCCGUGGCUACUGUUGCCGUGGCCCUGUUUCUGGCUCUGGUCAACAGACUGAGUCCUUAUGACCAUCGGGGAAGGGCCGCCCGGAAGGGACAGGUGCUCCCACCCAUCGCCAGCCAAGAGCCGCCAAACCCAAUGGGAGUGGCCAACGCCGUGUGGUUUUCCAUUGCUUCACUCUUCCAACAAGGACCGGAAACAUACCCUCACUCCCCCUCUGGCCGCAUCACCGCAUCGCUGUGGUGGUUUGUGGUGGUGAUCAUCAUCGCGACCUACACGGCCAAGUUGGCGGCCUUCCUCACCAUCAGCCGGAUGGACCAUCCCAUCAACUCAGUCGAAGCUCUAGCCAACCAGGUAGAUGUGGCUUACGGCACUGUGUCCAACUCUCAGCCGGCCGACUUUUUCCGCUCUUCCAGUGUGAAGACGUUUCAGACCAUGGCUGAGUUCAUCGCUACCAACGCUCUCUAUUUAGACUCCUCGGCUGAAGGCAUCGAAAAAUCCCGGAAGGAAAAGUUUGCGUUCAUCUGGGACAGCGCUGUAUUGGACUACGUCGCUAAUCGGGCCCCAUGUGACCUGAAGACGGUGGGCAGGCUCUUUGGAAAGAUCGGGUACGGGUUUGGUCUGCAGAAAAGUUCUCCCUACACGGACCAGCUGUCCGUUAACAUCCUGCGACUGAGAGAGUCUGGAUUCAUAGACGCUCUGACAGAGAAAUGGUAUCAUGACGGCAGCUGUGAGCCUGAUGAGAACGUGGUGGAGGAGGUUCAGGGCACCAUCGUGGUAGGACACAUGCUGGGCGUCUUCUAUGUCAUCUACGGCGGCAUGGCCGUUAGCCUGGUCGUCCUGGUAGGGGAGUGGGUGGCUUGUGUUCUCGGCCAGAAAAGACACAAUGAAAAGAUGUCUCUUCCUCAAAUCUUCCACGCCCAGUUUAAGAAGGUAUGGCGGGGUAGGAAGGCGCUGAGUGCUUCUCACCCGAGACAUGAUGGGCAACCUUGCGACGCGAGGAAGAUGGGCUGCAUGCACUGCUGUGUUCUGGACCCGAAGAGUGCAAACUUCAAGUGCGUCUGCGUAAAGGAGCAGGAAAAAGAACGUAGUCCCAAGAAGGAGAUUGUCCUGGAAGUGAUGGCCCCAAAUGGUGGAACCGACAGUGGAAAGGGUGUGACGGGUGCAACAUCACAAUGACUCCAGUUCAACAAUAUUUCGACAAGGAAGGACGACCAACAUUGUCACCUCCUUUCCAAGAAACAUGCAAUAUUUAGCAAUAUCAUAGACUUCUAACAUUGGCAAUUGCAACCUCUGAAUAGGAUGGCUUUGGGAAAACCUUGUUAUUUCAAACAUCCUUAUCUUCAAAAUGAGUACCAAAUUCAGGUAUGAUCAUGGCCAACAUCAGGGCGCACAUUUCAACACGGAUCCAUCAUUUGAAUACCUUCAUAGUCUCCUGGUGGUGGUUCGCUCGGAGACCCUGAAUAAUAUCUCAAUCACUCAGAAAUCUGUGAUGCAAUCGUCCGUAUUUGACCACUGCAAAUUAUAAGGCUGCUAAAUGAAAAAAAAGAGUCGCAAUUGCAAGUUUCUGCUCGAUCUGAUGAUUGACAUGAUGUAAAUAUAGGGGUCAGUGUGUGAAUGUAAGCGCCAUGCCAGCCUACAGAAAAAUGCUCCCAAACGUUUUGUCCAUAUACUAUAAAAAAGAAGAAAAUUGGAGUUUCAGGAGUUACUCGUCGGUCUAACGGACACUAAGGAUUUGUACACACUGCUCUUAAUCUUAAUCUAUCUCAAAAUCUCAGAAAUUCCGCGAUGCAAGAAAUGGCAUUACAUGGCAUUUUGAAUGAGCCCUAAAUUAUCAGACACAACUUCUCUUUUGGCCCAUGCCUUCACUAUUAGUCUACAAGCACAAGCCAAUCAAGAACUGAAUAACGUCCUAAGAACAAUAUAUUGUGUGCGGCUUAUCCCAUAUUGAAAGCAAUAUUGUGCGGCUUAAUGCUAAUAAUGUGAGAGCUAAUUUAGAACCUUACCAAUGUCACAACUAUCUCAACAAUAGUUAUACAGUAGAAUAGGACUGUAAUGCUUUCCAUUCUAUAAAUAUAAAAUAAACAUAUAUAUAGAUAUAUAUAUAGAACUUCACAUUGUGGUGACGUGUGUAAAAAUCACAUCCUCCUUUAUCCUUGGAUAAAGUCUGCCUCUGUGUAUAACCAUGACUGGAGAAACUGUACAUACGAGCCUCGUGCAA